UAAACCAGUUAAUAGAGUUUAAUAGACAAAUUAUUAAAUAUUUUAUAUUAUAACAAGUCAUUUAAAAGCUUUUGAGGGCCUAUCUGUUCCUUUACGUGAUCUGAAACAAAUUUUUGUUGGUUUCGAACUCAAAAUGUAACAAAUAAACAAGUUUAUUUAAUCAGUAAUUUUUAAACAGGUUGGCACGACUGUUAAAGUGGAAUGCGUGUUAGUUGUCGUCAAGAGGGUAUGAUUGAAUUGAAUUCGGUUCAUGCAGUUAGUUUUUUGUUCAUUGCAUAUUUCCAAUAUGCCCGUAUAAAAAAUAUUAAUUCCUAAUUGUUUAUACAAUAAUAUUGCGUUAGAUAGGUUGGUAAGUAAACCUCUUAUCCUAUGAAAAAGUGGUUGUGUAUUUAUUUAGUGGGGAAAGUGCAAGGGAGCAUUACUUUCUCAGGCCUUACAUAAUGCUACAAUAGACCUAAAAAAAGGAGCAGAAUAUUAUUUUAUAUUAGUUUGAACAUCCAAUAUACUUCAUUAUGAACACUCGACACCGAGCUGGUCGACCCCCACAGAGGGAUCGCUAUAAUGAAGAUAGAAAUUGUAGAGGUCCGAAUCAUCAAAGGGAAGAUGGAAUAAGACAAGGAAAUCAGUCAAACAAUGACAGAAACUAUCAAAGAGGAGAACGUGGAUGGAGAAACCACAACAAACAGGGUGAAGAUAGAAGGAAUAGAGAUGAACAUCGUAGACAGAAUGAUAGACCAGAUCACAGAGAUCGUAGACAGAAUGAUAUGCCAAAUCACAGAGAGCGUCCAAAUAAAAUUAUGGGAUUUCGCUUUUUGGAAGCCAAACUAAAGGAUGAAAAUAUUGGUCAAGUCAUGAUGGACUUGUCCAAUGACCGAAGUGGAUUUUUACAACUGUUGGAGAGUAAAGAUAUCUCGCCUGAUAUAAUAGUGCUCUUGGUAAAGUUAUUUAAAAAAAUUUGUGGAUCUACAUUUUUUGAUGUAAAGGUUGCGUUACUUUCCUCUGCAAUUGAUAGCAGGUUUAUUGAAAAGCUUACCGUUUUUAUUACCAAUAUAAUGAAUCAGACUUCAAGAAAUAAGACCUUCAAUAAAUAUUUUUGGGAGGAUCCAGACGAUUUUUGGGAAAGCAUACUUACUUUUUGUAAAACAGUUCAAGAAAUAUUACCAUCAAAAUGUGAACCGUUAAAAAUUACCUUAAAAAAUAUGAGUGUAUUUUUUCCGCUUAUAGAAAAUGCACAUUCGAUGCAUAUUUCCGACAAUAUUAAAGCACAAACUUUGAGUCUUUUGGAUAUCGUUGAGAAAACCAUCGUUGAUAUGGAAGUGAAGAAGAUGCGUAUUGCAACAAAUGUUCUUUGUGAUGAAGAAUCAGAACCUCCAAAUGAUUUUAGGGAAAUAGAGAUAAUACCAACCGCCGAAGAAAUUGUUUCCGAGUCUAGUCCCUACUUAAGGGCAAAUAUUGUAGACAAAGCAUAUAACAGUAUUACCCAUUAUCUAGAUAUUCAAUUCAGGCUGCUAAGGGAAGAUUUUGUAGCGCCAUUACGGAGAGGUAUAACAACAUUUUUGAGAAACCAGAAUAAACCAAAAAAAGAGUGGAAGAAACUAGACGAUAUCAAAAUAUACCAUCCAAUAAAGUUUCUCAGUAUUGAAGCGGUCAACGAAAGUAAUUGCUAUAAAUUACAGUUUGAUUUUAGCAAUAAAAAAAAAUCCUUCACGUACGAAAACUCCAAGAGAUUUAUGUUUGGAUCUUUAGUUUGUUUUACAUCCGAUAAUUUUCAAAAUGUUAUAUUUGGUAAAAUCGUCGAUAGAGAUAAAAAACUCUUAGAACAAAGCUUGCUCAUCGUUGGAUUUGACCAAGAUAUUCAGAUUGAUUUUGAAACUGAUUACCUUAUGGUAGAGUCCACCGUAUACUUUGAACCAUAUUAUCAAGCACUUAAUGUUUUAAAACAUAUGAAAACUGAUGUUUUUCCUAUGGAAAGAUAUAUUAUCAAAGUACAACGAGAAUGCCACCGUCCACAGUACCUCGAACAACAUCGUGAUCAUCAAUACUUAAUUGAUGGGUCUAGUGAGCAACCUUUCUAUUUUCUGUCACCUAAAAGGUUUUACGGAUUAAAUGAUUCUCAACUUGAGGCUUUUGCAGCCGCUAUUACAAACGAAUUUUCUAUCAUACAGGGACCACCUGGUACAGGCAAAACAUAUUUGGGUCUUAAGAUAGCUCAUACGUUGUUGGCAAAUCGUGCAGUGUGGUUUCGCAACACCCCAAUAUUAGUUAUAUGUUAUACCAAUCAUGCCUUGGAUCAGUUUCUAGAAGGGCUUCUUCCAGUCACUGAGAAAAUCCUGAGAGUGGGAGGGCAAUCGAAAAACGAAAACUUAAAAAGGUUUAACAUUUCCCACAAAAGGAAGAUGGCAAAUAAACAGGCUGCAGCUAUCCACCAAAGACGAAGAGAAGUGCGAGAUCUAAUGGGGACUCUAAAAAAUCUCUAUCAUAUACAAAAUGAAAUUGAAAAAUGUGAAAGCGUCGUAGAUUUUUCGUGUUUUGAAAAUGUCAUCGAAAACUAUCGUCAAACCUGGUUCUUCACCGCAACGAGUAGUCAAAUCACUAACUGGCUUCUAGAAGGCAAAUUUAGCAACCAGUUUUCUGCUAGGCCAAGAAACCAACGACAAGUCUUAGAAGCUGUCCAAAAUCUAAAUAUUGCGGAUAAUGACGAUGAAGCUCCAGAGGAUGUAGACGAGAACCAACCAAAUGGCGAAUGGCUGGAUGACAUUUUUUCAGGAAUUGAUGUCGACGUUUACAGGCCGAUAAUAUCUUUGCAGCAGUUGCGUGAUAAGUUGAAAUGCCUGGAUGAAGAAGCGGCACGACUGCAGCAAGAAUCUACGGAUAUGUUGGAUGUCAUGUUAAGACAGGAGCAACUUGAGGAAGAGAUAUACAACACUGAGAUGGAACUCAAGUAUUUAGAGGAUAUGCUAAAAGGAUAUCACAACCCACGGAAUAGAAGAAAACCAAAGGUUAACCAUGAUUUAAGUAAUCCCUUCCUAAUAUAUCCACCUGACAGGUGGCAUCUUUACUUUUAUUGGUUAAAUCAGUAUUCGCAUCAAAUCAGGCGAAAAUACCAAGAAGUUUCCAUAAAAUUCCGACAGGUAUGCCGGUUAUACAACCAAAUGCGUGAUAUAGAGGAUAUGGGGGUGAUGAGGGAGAAUUUAGUUGUAGGUAUGACCACAACUGGAGCCGCCCGUUUGCAAUCUUCGUUGCAGGAACUAAAAAGCCCUAUAGUAAUAGUCGAGGAAGCUGCGGAGGUGUUAGAGGCCCAUAUUGUGGCUGCUUUGACAAGUCACUGUGAGCAUCUGAUUUUAAUUGGUGAUCAUCUUCAGCUGAAACCAGGCGCCGCUGAUUAUAGGAUUGAGACGAAAUAUAAACUAGGAAUUAGCUUAUUUGAACGAAUGGUUUUAAAUAACAUAAGAUGUCAUACUUUGAAUGUCCAACAUAGAAUGCGUCCUGAAAUAUCCCAGCUGAUCAAACCGCAUAUUUAUGAGCAUCUGAUUGACCAUAAUUCGACACUUCAGAGGGCACCUAUUUUAGGUGUGGAGAAAUCCCUCUAUUUUGUUAACCAUCAAGAGUCAGAGGAUUUAUGCCAGGACGAGAGCAAGAAAAACGUUCAUGAGUCUAAAUUCUUAAUUGGUUUGGCCAGACAUUUAAUUUUAAACGGGUAUAAGCCCGAACAGGUUACCAUUCUUGCUGCCUAUUUAGGGCAGUUUUUUGAAAUGACAAGGGAAAAAAACAAACCUGGCAACCGAAUGCUGUUACAAGACGUAAGGAUUUCGGUUUUGGAUAAUUAUCAAGGCGAGGAAUCUGACAUAAUAUUACUGUCCCUUGUAAGAAGCAAUAAGGACAAUAAAGCGGGAUUUUUAAGAAUUCAAAAUCGUGUAUGCGUGGCUUUAUCGAGAGCCAGGGAUGGCUUUUAUAUUAUGGGUAAUAUGAGGCUCCUUCUAAAUUGUGAUAGUGAGAACGAGAUAUGGCCUAAGGUAAAUGAAGUGCUUAAAAGCCAGUCCGCUAUAGGUACCCACCUGACAUUGAGGUGUCAGAUUCACUCAAACAAGUUGACUCGGGUAUCGAAAGGGCAAGAUUUUGACAGGCUAAGCGAGGGCGGAUGUGACGAACUGUGCUUAGCGCCGCUUGGAUGUGGACACGUGUGCAAGCGCCUCUGUCACGUCCAAGAUAGAAAUCAUAUUCUGUACAAGUGCAAUGAUAGGUGUAUGAGGAUUUUGUGCAACGAUCCGAACCACGUUUGCAAAAAACUGUGUUACGAAGAAUGCGGCCAGUGUACGUAUUUAGUAUGGAGGCAUCUGGACUGCGGCCACGACGUACCUUUACAGUGUCACAUUAAUCCUAAUACAUACGGCUGUAAGGAACCCGUCUUAAAAAAAUUACCUUGUGAACAUGAAACCCGGGUACCUUGCUCGAUGGACCCAGCGAAAUUCCGUUGCCCUUUUCCGUGCGACAUCCGUGUGGAACCGUGCGGACAUGCCUGUGAAAGAAAAUGCCACAUCGGAGUCGAUCCUGAUCACUUGGAGUAUAAAUGUAAACAAUUCUGCGAAAAACCGAGGAAAGAUUGUAAUGAAAACCCGGAAAAACACAAAUGCACGCGAUUGUGCUAUCAGGACUGCGAAGAUUGUACGGUUUCUGUUAGAAAAGAUAGAUCUUGUGGGCACGUUUUCCUUAAAAUGCCUUGUAAAUUAAACAUCGAAGAGUUUCAAUGCGACAAACCGUGCAAGAAAACGUUACCAUGCGGCCAUCCGUGCAGGAGCAAAUGUUUUGAAGAGUGCGCACCAUGUCAAGUCAAGGUCGAUAAAAUACUAGAACCAUGCCAACAUUCUGUAAAAGUCCGCUGCCAUGAAACACCAACGAGGAAAAUGUGCAAAUCCAAGGAUUGUCCCAGGCGUUUGCCAUGUGGGCACAAAUGUACUGAACCAUGUAGCCGUAAUUGUACCGAAGUUUGCAAAGAAAUGGUGGAAUGUUCUAUACCUUCACCUUGUGGUCACAAUAUUAAAAGAAUCAUGUGUUAUCUCAGAAAUACAGUGGACGAAAAAAUCCUUCUGAUGAAUUGCAGUGAGCCUUGCCAAACCGAACUGAAAUGUGCCCAUUUGUGCACUGGCACUUGCGGCGAAUGCAUGCAAGGCCGAAUCCAUAUACGAUGUAAGAGCAAAUGCAGCGCCAUUUUGGUGUGCAACCAUGAGUGUCCCAUACCGUGCCGAGAAUCGUGUAAACCGUGCACCAAACCGUGCGAAAUGCGUUGCAAACAUACAAAAUGCAAGAAACUCUGCGGCCAACCGUGCACCCCUUGCGCUCAACCGUGCGAGCGACGAUGUAAGCACCAGCAAUGCACAAAAAGAUGUGGUGAGAUUUGUGAUGUGCCACCUUGUGGGGAGCACUGUGAAAAACUAUUAAAGUGCAACCAUCCAUGUGUUGGUUUUUGCGGGGAUCCGUGUCCUCCUCUAUGCAGAGAAUGUAAUAAGGAUGAGCUUACUGAGACAUUCUUCGGGACUGAAGAUGAAGAAGAUGCUAUAUUUGUCUAUUUAAAUGACUGCAAACACACUUUGGAGAGUACUGGCUUAGAAACUUGGAUGAACUCAUCCGAUGAUAAAAUACAGUUAAAAUCAUGUCCUAUGUGUAAAACUAGCAUAAGAUCGACCGAGCGUUACAGCCACUAUGUAAAGCAAGCACUUAAUGACGUUAUUGAAGUCAAAAUAGUGUCCUACGGAGACUCGGAACAAAACGAAAAUAUGCGUAGAGCACUCCUAGAUGAUAUCAACCGUUUAGAGAAAAACUGUUCGCGAGAACUGAUGCACGCCUCGCCUCAAUUAUCUCGAAUUAUCAACGCCAUCAAAAAUCGUUUAGGACCAGUUAGAAACCAACGGAGGCAAGCAAUAAAUAAAAUAGAACUCAACGCACUUAAAUCUAAAAUUCAGGCGCUUGGGUACAUAACCAAAUACUUUGACAGCGCCAAAGAUUCUCUCGGCAAUAAUAAGAUCACAAUCCACUAUAUGGAAGUACUUUUUGGUGUUUUACAACGUUCAGAAGAUUAUAUAACCAACCAGGAGGUUGAAGAUUUACAAUUAGAAAUCAAUUGCUUUCACCGAAUUGUACAGUUUGAGAAAAUUAAAGCAUCACCCCAGUUUCGUUUUGCUAAAGGGCUUACUAGCGUAACUCAACUAACUAACGCGGUUGUUUCAUAUUUAUUUACGGAUAGACGGUAUAAUGAUAUCGUGGAUAAAACUGUUAAAGAACUUUUGAAAUCUUUAUCCAAAAAAGUAGAAUGUGCAGUGACAAUUAGCGAUCAGGAAAAAAUGGAAAUAGUUAAAGCCAUCGGUCUAACUAAAGGACAUUGGUAUAAAUGUCCGAAUGGACAUCCUUAUGCUAUAGGAGAGUGUGGUGGCGCUAUGCAAGUAUCAAAAUGUUUUUGCGGAGCGAAGAUCGGUGGUUCCGAUCACCAUCUUCUACCUACGAACAGUUUGGCUACAGAAAUGGAUGGAGCAACGCAUAGUGCCUGGCCUGGUGGGCUCUAUUAGGAACAACAAAGAAAGUAUAUUUAUUAUAUAAUUUUAUUGGACCCAAACUAAGUUUGAAAUUUUUCUUUAUCUUUUAGUACUCAAGCAUAAAUGGUAAUAAUUAUUAUAAAUGCCUCUUAAUUUUUAAUUAAUUGUAUCUAUUAGAUGUUUUGUUUAAAAUAUAAAUUACAAGGGA